GGGAGCAGCCGCAGCCCGAGCAGCAGAUACAGAAAUACUUGUACACUGACAUCAGCCGAGAUAAGGCACAGCCACUGUUGAUUUGAGGACAUCUCUCCUGCCGGCAAGGUGAUACUCGGAGGCGCUGCUUUCAUCCAUCCACGGGCUAUUUUUACGCACGAGAAGCACAAAGCGGAAAGCUCCAUGGCUGUUUCUCUCGGCUUUCUUUGGAGACUAUGAGGACCGGAGCUGAAGUUUGAAGCGACUCCAGGAGAAGAAGGGUGGCAGUUCUCCUGUUGUUGGAUAGUUGGCGUUUUCCAGAAGGAUGGUCCUGGACAAGGAGGAGAGUGUGUCUCUCGUGUCCCUCCAGUCCAGAGAGAAGCCGAGGGGCUGCGCCGGCUGCAAUGGAAAGAUCCGGGACCGCUUUAUGCUGCAGGCAUUAGACAGGUACUGGCACGAGGACUGUCUGAAGUGUGCCUGCUGUGACUGCCGCCUGGGCCGGGUGGGAUCCACCCUCUACACCCGGGCCAACCUCAUCCUCUGCCGCAGAGACUACCUGAGACUCUUUGGGGUGACGGGGAACUGUGCAGCCUGCAGUAAGCUGAUCCCUGCCUUUGAGAUGGUGAUGAGAGCCAGAGACAACGUCUACCAUUUAGACUGCUUCGCCUGUCAGCUCUGCCGCCAGAGAUUUUGCGUGGGAGACAAGUUUUUCCUCAAGAACAACAUGAUCCUGUGCCAGCUGGACUAUGAAGGAGGCCAUCUUAAUGGCAGCACCGAGAGGCAGCCUCAAUAAGAGAUCAGGAGGACGACUGUGAGCCAGUUGGACUAUGAAACUCACAGCAGCGCACCCCUCAUCAGGUUCUUGUUUCAGACUGAACUGUGUGGAAAAAAACCCACUGAUUUCCAGCAGCCCACGGCUGAACUCUUUAUUACAGAGCUGCGCAGUAAUUUCCUUCAAAACCGACUCUUCUGAUCAGAUGGACUCAAGAUCAACCAGGAAGUGAAAAUGGAGAAAUGAAACCACCAGGAGGAUAUCUUCCAGAGCACUUAAUGUGGACUGAGAACAGAAAUAGAGUGAACUAGUGUUUGCAAGUAAUUUGUAGAGUCUGUUUCACCAAAUGUGAAACACUAGAUGGAUGGGGAGGGGGGGAGGGGGGGACGCCAAUCAGGCCACACAUAGCAUCAACCAAGUCAUCCAUCAAAGAAAAAUACAAAGUUCCCUGUGAUUGUCAAAUUGUUCUGGCAGUCACUGAAGUGUCUUUUGUGGUGAACCCCACCCUGCUGACUUGAAGGAAAGCCACAAAACAAACUGAAACGUAUUUGCAAAUGUUGUUCGGCUCAAUUUAGCAAAUGAGGAGGACGAACUGUUCCUCCUCCAUGUUUCCGCCUCUCGACUCUGAAGAAUCGAGUGGGGCUUCAAGCACACCGUAGUUUUGUUCUCAUGCUGGUUUUUCUUGACUAAUUAAACUGGAUUUUAAUUUCA